GUGUUUGAGUAAAACAGGAGGAAGAGUCUGCUAUUCUAGUUCUAGUUUUCUAACAACCAAAGAUUUGUUUGACUGGACGAGAUGCAUUAAUUAAUUUUAUUAUUAUUUAAUAAUAAAAAUCUCAACAAGUGAAAGAAAUUGUGAUGAAGUAUACUCCUUAAUCAAACGGCAUUCAAUAUUCUCACGUUCUAUAUGCAUUGCUGUAAGAAUGUAACGGUUCCUCACAAACGCCGGGUCCGUCCAGUCGCGCGAGCCAUUAAGCAUUUAUUUAUGAUUGUAAUCCUUUAACCCUAAUUCCCUCUCACCUCUGCUUUGCUUUGAGUCAACAAUUGUGCCCUUGAGUUUCAGCGCAAUUCAUCACGUAAAUAUUGGGCGGGGGGAGGGGUCCGAAGAAGGUGGGAGUUUGGUAGUAGUUGAUGGAGGGCAAUUCUGGCGUCGGCGGAGGAAAUGACGUUGAGCUCCUCUGCAAGACGCUGCAGGUGGAACACAAGCUCUUCUACUUCGAUCUCAAGGAGAAUCCGCGCGGCCGCUACCUCAAGAUCUCCGAGAAGACCUCCGCCACACGCUCCACCAUCAUCGUCCCUUCCAACGGCAUCUCCUGGUUCCUCGAUCUAUUCAAUUACUAUGCCAAUUCCGGUGACCAGGAACUCAUAAGCAAAGAACUCCAGCUUGACUCCAAGGUCUUUUAUUUUGAUAUCGGUGAGAACAGAAGGGGCCGCUUUCUCAAGGUAUCUGAAGCUUCAGCUAGCAGAAACCGCAGUACCAUCAUAAUUCCUGCAGGUAGUGCCCACGAUGAGGGUUGGUCUGCUUUUAAGAAUAUUUUGGCUGAAAUAAAUGAAGCCUCAAGGCUUUACACUCUGUCCAAUGAGCAGCAAAACUCUGAAGUCUCAGCUGACCGGCUUGGACUUACAGAUGAUGUAGGUGCUGGUUUUAUAUCCAGCCACACCACCCAACCUACUCCAACAGCUGACUCGAAAGUGGACCACUCAAUUGAUUUACCAACGCCAGAAGAUGUUAAUAACUUAGGGAUUUCUAAAGUAAUCAGGGUUGAUCAGAAAAGAUUCUUCUUUGAUCUUGGCAACAACAAUAGGGGCCACUACUUGAGAAUAUCUGAGGUCACUGGUCCCGACCGCUCUUCUAUCAUCCUCCCAUUGUCAGGGAUGAAGCAGUUCUACGAAAUGGUGGGCCACUUUUUGGAAAUCAGUAAGGAUAGGAUUGAAGGAACAACUGGCCCAAAUGCAGCCUCUUCAGACUCUACUCAGACAUGAUUAUAUUUGAAGGCAAUAUUCCAAACUUCUUUUCUGCUGUGUAUGAGGCGUGCGUUUGUUUUUGUUAUUCUGUCUUUAUUAAAAGUUUAUUGGAAAUUGAAUAAACCCAUUUAUCCGUUUUGUCCCCAAAUUAUACAUAGAAGUCCAAUUCCUGAGAGUGUGAAUGGGACUUGGGAGUGGCAUUGUGGCAAUUAGAAAUAUAAUAUUGGUUAUUGUAACCCCCAGUGUUGGAAGUUUCAUUUGUAUUUCCUCUCCCAGUCCUCAUUGGUUGGGGGCGUUGUGUGCUAACAUAUACUAUAAAAAGGGAAUUUACCUUUUCUCAAUGUAAUAAUUAGUAUUCAUAUAUUUUCUUAUUUAAUAUUCAUUCUGGUAUUAUUUAUUUUCUCCGCUUUUUGGAGUUUGU